AUGUCACGCAGUUUUUGUUUUCACACAAUAUUCCUCUACGGUUUUUCGUUUUGCAUGUCGGACAUGACGAUUCUUUUUCUUACAAUCGACCGGCUCAUCGCUGUUUGUUCACCUAUCAAAUAUCGAACGAUCAGGAGUAAACACUAUAUUCUCACAGCUGUUGUUGUUAGCUUCAUUUAUUCAUUGCCGUUUGUCGUCCUGGGUUUCGCCAAUACAAACGAUGAGCUGGUCGAGCCGUGCAACCCACCGAUGGGUUACGAACCACGGUUAAUGAUUGUUUGGAUUUAUAGUUAUAUUACUAUCGCUGUGGCCGUCGUGAUUCUCAACACUAUCAGCUAUUUUUUGAUAUAUCGUAGCGGUAAAAAAAAGGAAUUGGGUGAGUUUUCUUGUGGUUUCAGAUGA